AAAAAACUGACAACACCAAUAAAUGUCAACUUCGAUUUGACAUUAUUAUCAAAACAUUGAAAAUCCAAAAAAAUAUGGGUUAGGUUGGUCCAACUCGAACUUAUAAGAAAGCUGUGUAAAAAAGUUCCUACUAGGCUAUAUUAAGUACAUCAAAAUGAAUGAAUAUAUCGGCUCGACUGUUGCAAAAUUGAAAGCAAACAGUUUCAGCGGAUUAACAAUAGUAAUUGGUAAUGAAAGUUGCGACCUAGACACUGCAGUAAGCUCCCUAGUUUUCGCCAAUUUUUUGUAUUGGCAACACAAUCAGCUAAAGUGUAAGGUCUGCACGAAAGAGUAUAGAGAUGGCUCUAUGGAAUAUAAGGAUGAGUUGUUUGUACCUGUUAUAAAUGUUGACAGAAAUGAUUUCCCUUUGAAAACUGAAGUCGCUUAUUUAUUUCGUGAAAAAGGGAUCAGUGAAAGUGCCCUUAUUUACAGAAAUGAUUAUGAUUUACCCCAACUGCUUAAUAGUACAAAAUCAAAGGUAGUAUUGGUCGAUCAUCAUGUUUUAGCGACCAGAGACAAGUUUUUAGCUGAAUACGUCACUGAGAUCAUCGAUCACAGGCCCUUAGACAAAUCUGGAUGGUGUUAUAAACCAGAUACUCGAACUACCAUAGAGAUUGUAGGAUCCUGUUGUACCCUCGUUGCUCAGAGAAUAAAGGAUCUCAGUUCUCUGGUAGCUAAAGAUGUGGACUUCUUCAAUGCUUAUCCGGUUUGCAGCGAAAUGUUGCAUGCAACAAUUAUACUGGAUACAGUUAAUUUCUCGAAGGAAGUGAAUAAGGGAACGCCACACGAUGAAGAAAUCAUAUUGUUCCUCGAAAGCCUUCUGAAGCCAGCUGAUUAUAAAGCUGAAAGACUAAAUAAAUUGAACAGAUUACUGGCCGCUAGGACGGACGUCUCCCAUCUCUCUGCUGCCCAGCUUAUGAAGAAAGAUGUCAAAGUUAUUGGAAAUGUACUCGUACCAAGUUUUCCUAUAUUGGUAAAGGAAUUCUUGAGUCGUCCUGAAGCUUUAAAAGCAGUCUCCGAAGCCUUGACGCAAACUAACUGUGACAUGGCUCUUCUCCUGGGAAUGGACUUGAGCGAGGGUCUGAAGAGGGAUACCGCUGUCUUUUCCGAUAGCAAACCACAAAAAGCUGUUUUGUUGAGUAAAUUUCUCGAAGACUUCAAGUCCCCUUCGUUCAAUCUGUCACCAGAACAAUUGGAAAAUGCAACGAAUUGCUCUUACUACUGGCAGCUCAACCUCAGCGCGUCACGGAAGCAAUAUAUACCCGCACUAAACCAAUUCCAUGGAAUUUUGUAAUAAUAUACACA